AUGGGAGUAGACUAUCCGUCAUUUAUUUUAUCAGCUCUCUGUGCCAUUGGAGGCUUAAUGGGAUACUCCCGUAAAGGAUCAGUCCCAUCAUUAUUUGGUGGGUUAGGAGCCUCCUUGUUGUAUGGUACUGCCUGCUAUAUAAUGAAACUGAAUGGCAAAUUCGGAAUUGAAUUAGCAUUGGUAGCCAGUGUGAUAUUAUUGCUUGCAGGUUUGGCAAGGUCAUUUGACACCAGUUUUCAAAAACCUGUUCCACUUUUGUUAUUGGCCUUGGGUGUUUUAUCUGGUGGGUUCUAUGCUAAAAAGCUUAGCCAGGUUCAACGAGCUCUCAGGUGA